GCCAGGCAGGCAGGCAGGCAGCCCCGCGGCCAGCCCGCAGCCAGCCUAUCCGCACCGGAGCGGCGGUGGUGGGGGUGGCGGAGCAGCCGAGAGAGUCCUUCUCGUCUCGUCGCUUCACUUGACUUCAGUCCUCGCCCUCAGCUCGAUCAGUGCAGUGCAGUGCUACGGAAGCAUCCCUACCAGUGCAUCACCACCCUUGCGCGAGUGCGUGUUAGUGCAAAGUCAGUGCGGUGUGAGUGUGUUUGAGGAGUGCCGCUAUGCAGUCCUUCCACAGCCAGCUGGAGCUCCACGGCCUGCACAACAUGGUCCUGAAGGCGCACCACCACCACCACGACGACAACAACAACAGCAACGAGGCCAAGAACAUCCUCAUGCAGCACCCCGCGCUGCAGCAGCACCCCCUCAUGAUGCACCACCACCAGGACUCGGCCACCCCGAGCCCGUCCUGCUCGCCGGUCGUCGUGGACGUGCUGCCCCCCGCGUACACCUCGCCGACGACGUCGUCGUCGUCCGCCACGUCGCCCACGCCGUCGUACAGCAUGCUCAACGCCAGGCAUCAGGACGGCGACAGCCCCUCCAAGUCCAGCAAGGCCGGCGAUGACUCGAAAGAUCUGUCGCCCGGCAACGCGGGCAACGGCAACAGCACGGCGGAGCAGAACCUGCGCCGCUACCGCACCGCCUUCAGCCGCGACCAGCUGGCGCGCCUGGAGAAGGAGUUCCUCCGCGAGAACUACGUGUCGCGGCCGCGGCGAUGCGAGCUGGCCGCGCAGCUGCACCUCCCCGAGUCCACGAUCAAGGUCUGGUUCCAAAACCGACGCAUGAAGGACAAGCGCAACCGCCUGGCCCUGGCCUGGCCCUACGCCGUGUACUCGGACCCCGCCCUGGCCGCCUCCAUCUUGCAGGCCGCCGCCGCGUCCGCGGGGGUGGGCGUCGGUGGGCUGCCCGGGCUGGCGGCCGCCUUCAGCCCCUACCCGCUGCCACACUACUACCACCCGCACGCGCACCCUCAGGCCGCGGCGCACCCCGCGCACCCCCCGCCGCCAUCGUCGCUGCCGCGCUACGGCUACCCCGCGGCGCCGCCCAUGCACCCGCUGCACCGACCCGCCCCGACGCCCGCCGCCGCGCCGCAGCCCGCCGUCAGCAUGGCCGGGGGUGUAUCCCCGCUGCGGUCCCCGCUCAGCUCGCCGCCGUGCCCCAGCACCGGCUUCCUGCGCCACGGCGCCGCCCUGGGCCAGGGCCUCGGCCAGGGCCUCAGCCCGUUCGCCGCCGUGCCCUCCAUGGGCACGCCCAUGCCCUGCCCGCUGCGCCUGAGCCGCCUCAGCCCCACGCACUCCGAGCACAGCUCUGGCACCGUGUCGCCCACCACCGUGUCGCCGACGGCCGCCUCGCCCGGCGCGGCUUCCCCCGCCGGUGCGGACGCCGCCGAGGACUGCGACGGCUCCGGCAGCUGCCGGUGUGGCAUCGUCAACUGCGUGGCGUCGUCUUCGGCCUCGGCCACCCUGAGCACGCCCUCCUUGUCGUCGUCGGCCGCGGCCGUGUCGAGGCUGCUCAUGGCCUCGGCCAGCCUACCGCCCGCACCGCUCGCCGCGCAUCGCAAGGGCCUCGGUACCACCACCAUCACCGACAACGGCGUCACGGUGCACCACGAGCCCGAGCCGCCCAAGCUGUUCCAGCCCUACAAGACCGAGACGGCGUAGAGCUUAGACGGCAUUGCCUGUGUUUCUGAGAUCUCCUUCAGUUCCUUUGGAACUCGAUUGUUUCGAUUGUCGGAAUGCUUAGGUCUUUUCGUGCAAUAACUUGCUGCUAUGCAGAGCGCUGUUGGAGCGGCGCGUCCAAACUAAAAACGUGAUAUGAUACUUGCACCAAUUCCUCCAUCAUUACGUUACCUUGUUUUAUUUUUAUAAUUUCUCGUCUUUGUACUGUUCCCGCCUCCACUGCCUCCUGUGCUGGCGUAGCCAUUACCACUCUGAUGUGAUGUUGUAGUGUAUAUAUAAUUGAGGAAAACCUUGUUGUAAUUUAUUUGUGUUUUGAGAAUCUUAGUUGGUGAAUGGAGAGGGUGUCUAUGUUUUAUUGAAUGAUUGUUCUGUUAUUGGUGUAUCGUCAAACCAAAGAAGUGAUGUAUGAAAAAUAUAUAUUAAGUGAUUUUAUGUGCUAUAUAUACUAUUGAAUUGAUUGUGUUCAAAUACACGCAGUUAAUUAAACAA